GGUGCCGCUCGUUCCAAUGUCGCUGUAUCUUCUCGUCUGUGCAACUGCUUAACACCUCGCCAUUGCUCCUCGUUUGAUUCUUCAGGUAUUUCGUGCUAUUCACCGAUCGCUGUAACUCUCACUCCGCUCCAGAUCGCCCAGCGAACGGCGUGGCGUGGUGUAGUGUGUUGCCUUUGGUGCUGUUCAUGGUUAUUAGGGUUUAAGGUCGGGUUUUAGUUAGUGUUUUCACAUUCUCAGACACGGAGGAAGUCACGAACUAGAUCACGUACAAGACCUCCAUCCUAUGCUACGAAAAUCAAAGAAACGUGAGAUUGUAUGUUUAAGGAAAUGCAGUUAUUUGUUGUGCGUUGUGAGGAUAUGUAGGUGCCGACCUGUUAGGGUUCGAGUUUGAAGCGAUCCUCAUUUCACUCCUUCUUGAACAUCAGGAAGUUCCAGUGCUCGUAUUACUGCACUCAUUCUCCGCCAGCCCUUGGUUGCUGAGCUCCAGCUUCUGCUACCAUGCAACCUCAAAUCAUCUUGCUGAAAGAGGGAACAGAUGUUUCUCAAGGGAAAGCUCAACUUAUCAGCAACAUCAAUGCAUGCAUUGCUGUUGUGGAUGUCGUGCGGAGCACCUUAGGGCCCAGGGGUAUGGACAAGCUUGUCCAUGACGACAAAGGGACCACCAUUUCCAAUGACGGAGCAACUAUAAUGAAGCUCUUAGAUAUUGUGCACCCUGCUGCCAAAAUACUCGUGGAUAUUGCCAAGUCGCAGGAUUCAGAGGUAGGUGAUGGAACUACUACCGUGGUGCUCCUUGCCGGAGAGUUCCUCAGGGAGGCCAAGCCUUUUGUUGAAGAUGGAGUACACCCCCAGCUCAUUAUACGGGCUUUCCGAACCGCAGCAGAGUUGGUUGUAAAGAAAGUUAAAGAGCUUGCAGUAAGCAUUGAAGGAAAGAGCAUGGAUGAGAAGAAGAGCUUGCUUGAGAAAUGUGCUGCCACAACUUUGAGUUCUAAACUUGUCGGAGGAGAGAAGGAUUUCUUUGCCAAAAUGGUAGUCGAUGCGGUCGCUAGUCUUGGCCCAGAUAGCCGUCUAAAUAUGAUUGGAAUAAAAAAGGUGCAAGGCGGGACUAUGCGAGAUUCUUUUCUAGUAAAUGGAGUUGCUUUCAAGAAGACCUUCUCUUAUGCAGGAUUUGAACAACAGCCAAAGAAAUUCGAUAAUCCAAAAAUUUUGCUUUUGAAUCUUGAGCUAGAGCUUAAGUCGGAAAAAGAGAAUGCUGAAGUCAGGCUUUCUGAUCCCACCCAGUACCAAACAAUUGUUGAUGCUGAAUGGAACAUUAUUUAUGAGAAACUUGACAAGUGUGUAAAGAGUGGCGCCAAGAUUGUAUUAUCACGGUUAGCUAUAGGAGACUUAGGUACCCAGUACUUCGCUGAUAGAGAUAUCUUUUGUGCGGGUCGUGUGAUGGAAGAAGAUUUACAGCGUGUAGCCUCAGCUACUGGCGCUUCUGUGCAGACGACCGUGAAUAAUGUGAUUCCAGAUGUCCUUGGCCAAUGUGAAUUUUUUGAGGAAAGACAAGUUGGAAACGAGCGCUUUAACAUCUUCACUGGAUGCCCUGGUGGUGAGACAGCAACAAUUGUCCUGCGUGGAGGUGCUGAUCAGUUCAUAGAGGAGGCUGAGCGUAGUCUACAUGACGCAAUUAUGAUCGUGAGGAGAGCAUUGAAGAACUCGAAUGUCGUUGCUGGUGGUGGUGCGAUUGAUAUGGAACUUAGCCGAUACUUACGUCAACAUGCUCGGACAAUUGCUGGGAAAUCACAGCUCUUUAUCAACUCGUAUGCCAAGGCUCUCGAGGUUAUUCCUAGACAACUGUGUGACAAUGCAGGAUUUGAUGCGACUGAUGUGCUGAACAAACUGAGGCAGAAGCAUGCAUUGGCUUCAGGGGAGGGUGCUCUUUAUGGAGUAGACAUCAACAAUGGUGGAAUCAUCGAUACGUUUUCCAGCUUUGUCUGGGAACCAUCUGUCGUUAAGAUCAACGCUCUCACCGCUGCAACAGAGGCAGCCUCUAUUGUUCUAAGUGUUGAUGAGACUAUCAAGAACCCCAAGUCGGAGGCUGCUCAAGGUGAAGCUAUGGGCGGCAGGGGUAUGGGCAGAGGCAUGGGGGGCAUGCGUGGUGGUCGUGGCGGUCGUGGCAUGCGCAGGCGGUAGCAAGUCAUUAAUUUUAUUUCUGGGAGCAAUGUUUUAGUUAGUAAUGGAAUCCCUUAUUUGAACGUAGAACUUCUUUCUUUAGCUUUACACAACCUGUCUUCGCAUGUGGCAUACUUAAACCUCACCCUCCGAUCUCUAGUACAACGACUUGAGAAUGUUCAGUUUUGAUAAUAUUCUACCAUUGGCCCUUACUUUUUCCUUGCGUCUAAGUAAUCCAAGAGCAGAUAAGUCAUUUAGUCAUCAUUUCACAGGGUGCAAUGUUAUUUCGAAGUAUAGCUACGUUACCACUAGCUGGUUGUAAUCAAAUGACAGUUUUUUGGUUCAAUUCGCGCAGGAGAUUUGGAUUUCUUCUUUA